AUGAUUAGCAGUGAAGUGUCAAACCUUGCAGAAAAUCUGAAAGGGCAGGGACAUAUGUCUGUAGAAAAGUUGGAGCUACUUGUUGGAAUCGAUCAAAAGUUCAAUGGACUGUUAGUUGAGCACCUUGCUGCCUUGCCGCCAGAUAAAAGCCAUCUAAGCAUUUGUGAGCUUCUCCUGUUUGAAGAACCUGAGAAGACUGUUCCUGUUAUCCGAAGGAUAUUUGCAUCUUUUCCAAGCGAAGUUUCUAAAUUCAUUGGAAAACUUCUCGAGUCACCGUUUUACAUACAGAGGCAAGUAAUUCCAUUGUUGAUUGUGAACAUGGAAUACAAGGAGGAAAAAGAGGCCCUGAGGAGAUGUUUGAGAGAUUCUGUUGUGGGUGUAGCUAGAUGUGGGGCUCUGUCCCUGGAAAAGUACAACGUGAUUCCAUUUGAUGAUGAUGAGCUGAUGGAGAUUGUGAGGGACCUCCAUAGCUCGUACUCGGAAUCCAUCCAAUGCACGAGCUCCUAUGUCAUUCCUCUUAUAAAAAGAAAGACACAGUUUGUAUCUGAGAUAUGUGCAUUGAAGUCAUGGAGAAGAAGAUAUGCAAUUGCUAAGAGGAUACCAAGGCUCAAUGUCAGCGAUAGAGCCAUUAUAUAUUCACACUUGUCCCAAGAUCCAGAGGAGGAGAUUAGGAUAUGCCUUGCAAGUAACAUGGAGUAUGCCGAGGGAUGGGAUAGGCUUGUUCCACUGUUUCUAAAGGACAGCAGUCCUACCGUUAGAGCAUUGAUGAUACAAAUGGUAGGAGAUAAAGAGGAGUUCCAAGAGAUGCUGAAGGAAGCAGUCUCCGAUGCCAGCUGGGAAGUUAGAAAGGCCUUGCUGUGUGUCCAUAGAGUUGAUACAUACAAAAGCAUAGUUAUUCCACUGAUAAAUUCUCUUAAUUCUACGCCUAACUGGAGAAUAAGAAAGGAGAUCCUUGAAUCAAUUGAGUAUGCUUCGAAACAGGACGGAAAGCUUCUCAAGAUGUUCUUAGGAAAGCACCUCCUUGGUUACCUUAGCGACAAGGUAUAUGAAGUAAGAGCUGAGGCUUCUAGGGUAGUUGGAGAGUUGGUUAUGAUGUAUCCUUGGACAAUUGAGUGGCUUCCAGACAUUGAAGCUAUUGUUUCGUCGAGGUCAUAUCUGCAUAGGAUAACUUCUGUGAAUGCGGCGCUUUCUUUCGACAAGGCCCAUAGAACAGAGUUUGUAAAGAAGUUGCUGUCUGAUCCAAUUGAAAACGUGAAGCUAUACACGCUGGAAAUGGUUGAUCGGCAUGGAAUGGAUGAAGGCAUAAAGGAGAUAGUUUCUGGCCUUUGUGUUAGCUCAGACGAGGAGAUUAGGAGGGCAGCAAGAAACUUAUUGGAAUAG